AUGUUCUUCGGCGGGCUCCCGCCCGGCUUUGAGGACGCCAUGCCCGGCAUGGGCGGCAUGCCCGGCGGCAUGGGCGGCCGGCGGAACCGCAAGCCGGUCGACAACGAGUCCUUUUACAAGCUGCUUGGCGUGCCCAAGACGGCGACGCAGGAUGAGAUCAAGAAGGCAUACCGCAAGGCCGCUGUCAAGAACCACCCGGACAAGGGCGGCGACCCGGAGGCCCACGACGCGCUUGGCGACGAGAGGAAGCGGGAGCUGUACGACCGGUACGGCGAGGAGGGGCUCGAAGAGGGCGGCGGCGGCGGCGGAGGGCCGGGAGAUAUCUUCGACGUGACGCUGGAGCAGCUGUACAAGGGUGCGACGCGCUCGCUGCGGCUGACGCGGAAGGUGAUCGACCGCCAGCGCGGCGUCGAGACUUGCUCCGCAUGCCACGGGCAGGGCGCGCGGAUCCAGACGAUCCGGAUGGGUCCGAUGAUCCAACAGGUGCAAAAGACGUGCGAGGUGUGCGGAGGGACGGGGCAGACGUUCCGCCAGUCCAAGCAGCAGGAGACGCUCGACGCGCUGUGCGGCUUCAAGAUGGAGCUCAAGGCCCUCGACGGCCGGACGCUCAUCAUCUCCUCCGCGCCGGGCGAGGCGUGGACGCUGUACGACGACCACGACUGCCCCUCGAUCGAGAAUGCGGCGGUCGCGGAGACGGAGGACCUGAAGGUCUGCAAGAAGGCGGUCGAGGGGGGGCAGCUCAAGGGGAAGGGCAUCGGCGCCUUUGUGCAGAAAGGCGGCAAGACGGUCUUCAAGCAGUGCACGUUCGACGAGGCGAUGGCGGCCAAGGCGCCCGCGCGCGGCUCGAAGCUGUACGUCGUCUCCGACCCCGCCAAGGACGCCGCAAAGCGCCUGAUGAAGGCGUUCCCGACCGCGCUGAACGCCGCCACGCAGGCGUCGCUCGCAAAGCUGCUGCCGCCGCCGAAGCACACCGUCACCGCCAAGCCGGGCGACGACGACGUGACUCUCAAGGACAUCGACCCGCUGACGUCGUACCUCGAGAACCUGCCCGAGAGGACCUUCGACGAGGAGGACGAGGAGGGCGGCCCGGGCGGCCAGCGGGUGCAGUGUGCGCAGCAGUGA